CCAAAAAAAGAAAAGCUCCUGUGUUGAAAGCAGCGCAGUGGCUCCUCAGUAAAAAAAGCCAGUAAAACAACUCUUUCUCUCUCCUCAAAUCUUCUUCUUCUCUUCUCUUCUGGGUAUUUCACCAUCUUCAAUCAAUCUAACACAGAAGAGAGAGAAAGAGGAGAGAGAAGAUAGUGCAAUAUUUACAGUGAGGUGGGUGUGUUAGGGUAGAUUUAUGGGAAGAUGUCGGAUUUAGAUAGGCAAAUAGAGCAACUUAAAAGGUGCGAACCCUUGAAAGAAUCUGAAGUGAAAGCACUUUGUCUCAAAGCUAUUGAAAUUUUAGUCGAAGAGAGUAAUGUUCAAAGAGUUGAUGCUCCUGUUACUAUAUGUGGUGACAUUCACGGGCAGUUUUAUGAUAUGAAAGAGCUCUUUAAAGUGGGUGGUGAUUGUCCAAAGACAAACUACCUAUUUCUUGGAGAUUUUGUGGACAGAGGAUUUUACUCUGUUGAGACUUUUCUACUUCUUCUUGCACUUAAGGUGAGAUAUCCAGAUCGGAUAACACUUAUUAGAGGGAACCAUGAAAGUCGUCAAAUUACUCAGGUUUAUGGCUUCUAUGAUGAGUGCCUCCGCAAAUAUGGCUCUGUGAAUGUUUGGAGAUAUUGCACUGAUAUAUUUGAUUACUUGAGUCUAUCAGCUCUCAUUGAGAAUAAGAUCUUCAGUGUUCAUGGUGGUCUUUCUCCAUCCAUAACAACAUUGGACCAGAUACGAACAAUAGACAGAAAGCAAGAAGUACCACAUGAUGGUGCCAUGUGCGACCUCCUAUGGUCGGACCCUGAAGAUGCGGUUGAUGGUUGGGGAAUGAGUCCUCGUGGUGCUGGCUAUCUUUUUGGUGGCACCGUAGUUACCACAUUCAACCACACAAAUAGCAUUGAUUAUAUUUGUCGUGCACACCAAUUGGUAAUGGAAGGUUACAAAUGGAUGUUCAAUCAUCAGAUCGUCACAGUAUGGUCAGCUCCAAAUUACUGUUAUAGAUGUGGUAAUGUUGCUGCAAUACUUGAGCUUGAUGAGAAUCUUAACAAAGAGUUCCGUGUUUUUCAAGCUGCUCCACAGGAAGCAAGAGGAACUCCUGCUAAAAAGCCAGCACCGGAUUACUUUCUCUGAAAAUUUUACAGGGUCAUGGUAUACUCUGGUCAAUCAGCGAUUGUUAUGUUGUGAUUGGGUGGUGAAGUUGGUACAUAUGAUAGAGAAUCAAACAAUGCUUUGAAGGAGUUGAGCUCUCAACCUGUGUCACUUGUGAAUUUUUAGGCAAUACUCGGAGCCUCUUCUGCAAAAUUACUGUCCGUCCUGUCAGUUAUUGCUUGUACUUGUAGUUGUGUACUGUGAAAUUUCCUACGAUGGCGGAAUUAAAUAUGGAGCUGCCCAAUUUAUGGCAAUCCACAACUGGGAAAGGAGGAAGGGUGGUUAUGGUGUGUGAAUGGUUUAUAGUUUGAUUUGGGCUUCAUUGAGACACUAGGUGGUUCAGUUUUGAUCUUGUUGGGGUAUUUUAUUUGAGGCAAUUGGGUGUACAACGAAAUGCAUUGUUUAUUACCAUUUUACUUGUCUUCAACCAGUUAUCUAUCUUUUUGAUUGAUUCA